AUGUACCUCUACAGCCUCACCCUGCAGCGCGCCACUGGCGUGGUCUGCGCCGUCAAUGGUAGUUUCGUGGGGGGGAAGACGCAGGAGAUCGUCGUCGCCCGCGGCAAGACGCUGGAGCUCCUCCGCCCUGAUGAGGCUGGCCGGAUCCAGAUUCUCCACUCCGUCGAGGUCUUCGGUGCGAUUAGGUCACUGGCUCAGUUCCGCCUCACCGGCUCCCAGAAGGACUACCUCGUCGUCGGGUCGGACUCUGGCCGCCUCGUCAUCCUCGAGUAUAACGUCGCCGCCGCCCGCUUCGACAAGGUCCAUCAGGAAACCUUCGGCAAAUCAGGGUGCCGCCGUAUCGUCCCCGGGGAGUACUUGGCAGUCGAUCCGAAGGGUCGGGCAGUGAUGGUUGCCGCCUGCGAGAAGCAGAAGCUCGUCUACGUCCUCAAUCGCGAUGCCGCCGCCCGCCUCACCAUUUCUUCUCCACUAGAGGCCCACAAGAGCCACGUUAUCUGCUACUCGGUUACGGGUAUAGACUGCGGCUUCGACAACCCCAUUUUCGCCGCUGUGGAGCUUGACUACUCGGAGGCUGACCUGGAUCCCACCGGCCAGGCGGCUGCGGACGCUCAGAAGCACCUCACCUUCUACGAGCUCGACCUUGGACUGAAUCACGUCUCUCGGAAAUGGUCGGAGCCAGUGGAUAAUGGGGCCAAUUUGCUCGUCACUGUGCCUGGUGGUGGCGAUGGCCCUGGAGGGGUUCUUGUCUGCGCCGAAAAUUUUGUCAUCUACAAAAACCAGGGUCAUCCCGAUGUACGCGCCGUCAUACCCCGCCGUGAUGACCUGCCUGCUGAGAGGGGAGUGCUGGUGGUCUCAGCUGCCACCCACCGCCAGAAGAGCCUCUUCUUCUUCCUUCUACAGACCGAGUACGGGGAUAUUUUCAAGGUCACACUCGACCAUGAAGGUGGGGAGCGUGUCAAAGAGCUGAAGAUCAAGUAUUUCGAUACUAUUCCAGUUACCUCGGCCAUGUGUGUUCUCAGGACGGGAUUCCUCUUCGCUGCCUCCGAGUUUGGUAACCAUGCCCUCUACCAGUUUCAGUCCAUUGGGGAUGGGCCUGACGUGGAGGCCUCAUCUACCACGCUCAUGGAGACGGAGGAGGGAUUCCAGCCGGUCUUCUUCCAGCCCCGCCCACUGAAAAACCUGUUGCGAAUCGACCAGGUUGAGAGCCUCAUGCCCAUCAUGGACAUGAAGGUUACAAAUCUGUUUGAAGAGGAGACUCCACAGGUCUUUACGCUCUGUGGACGAGGUCCUCGAUCUUCGCUCCGCAUACUCCGCCCAGGUCUGGCCAUCAGUGAGAUGGCGGUGUCACAGCUGCCGGGCACACCAAGUGCUGUCUGGACAGUCAAGAAGAAUGUGAACGAUGAGUUUGAUGCAUAUAUCGUUGUGUCCUUCACCAACGCCACCCUUGUGCUCUCCAUUGGUGAAACUGUUGAGGAAGUUAGUGACAGUGGAUUCCUUGACACCACACCCUCCCUUGCAGUGUCCCUGCUUGGGGAGGACUCUUUGAUGCAGGUUCACCCCAAUGGCAUCCGGCAUAUCAGGGAGGACGGCCGUAUCAACGAGUGGAAGACACCUGGAAAGAAAACCAUUGUCAAAGUCGGCUCGAAUAGGCAGCAAGUUGUAAUUGCCCUCAGCGGUGGGGAGCUUAUCUAUUUUGAGAUGGAUAUAACAGGUCAGCUGAUGGAGGUGGAGAAGCAUGAGAUGCCCGGUGAUGUGGCUUGCCUAGAUAUUGCCCCAGUUCCCGAAGGGAGGCAGAGAUCUCGGUUUCUAGCCGUUGGGUCAUAUGACAACACCAUCCGGAUACUGUCUUUGGAUCCCGAUGACUGCAUGCAGAUAUUGAGCGUGCAGAGUGUGUCUUCACCCCCUGAGUCUCUGCUGUUGCUGGAGGUGAAGGCCUCAACUGGGGGAGAAGAUGGUGCGGACCACCCUGCCAGUGUUUUCCUCAAUGCUGGUCUCCAAAAUGGUGUGCUUUUCAGGACUGUGGUAGAUAUGGUCACUGGUCAACUGUCUGACACGCGGUCUCGGUUCCUCGGCUUAAAGCCGCCAAAGCUCUUUUCUGCUAUGGUCAGGGGACGCCAAGCAAUGCUCUGCUUGUCUAGCCGGCCCUGGCUUGGAUAUAUUCACCAGGGUCGUUUUUUGUUAACGCCCCUCUCUUAUGAGACCCUCGAAUAUGCAUCUUCGUUCUCAUCAGAUCAGUGCGCUGAAGGUGUAGUUGCAGUUGCUGGGGAAGCAUUGAGAGUUUUCACAAUUGAGCGCCUGGGAGAGACAUUUAAUGAGACAGUCAUCCCACUGAGGUAUACACCCCGGAAAUUUGUCCUUGUGCCCAAGAAGAAGCACUUAGUUAUAAUUGAAAGCGACCAGGGGGCUUUCACUGCACAGGAGAGAGAGGAAAACAAGAAGGUGUUUUUCGAAGCCACUGGCAUUGGUGAAAAUGGAACUGCAAACAAUGGCGAUCAGAUGGAGAAUGGUGGUGGGGACAAUGAUGAAGAAAAAGACCCUCUUUCGGAUGAACAGUAUGGUUACCCAAAGGCGGUGUCUGAUAAGUGGGUGUCCUGCAUUAGGGUUCUUGAUCCGAGGACAGGUGAGACAACAUCUAUAUUAGAACUUCAGGAUAAUGAAGCAGCAUUCAGUGUUUGCACUGUGAAUUUCCAUGAUAAGGAACACGGGACACUCCUGGCUGUUGGCACAGCUAAAGGGUUGCAGUUUUUGCCCAGGAAGAGUCUCAUUGGUGGCUUUAUACAUAUAUAUAGGUUUAUAGAUGACGGGAAGGGGCUUGAGCUGUUGCAUAAGACACAAGUGGAUGGUGUUCCUCUCGCCCUUUGCCAAUUCCAAGGGAGGCUUCUUGCUGGUAUUGGGCCUGUUCUUAGGUUGUAUGAGCUUGGCAAGAAGCGAUUACUGAGGAAAUGUGAAAACAAGCUUUUCCCAAAUACCAUCAUGUCUAUUCAUACCUAUCGAGACAGGAUCUACGUUGGUGAUAUUCAAGAGGUAACUACAUGUUCACAUUAGGAUAUUUAUGUACAUAUGCUUUGAUGCCUGCCAGUGUCCGAACAUGCGAUAAUUCUUCAAUUCUUGGUUUAGCAUUAUAAUAUCGUUAGUAUUUUUUUGUGUUACUUGUUACCGAGGAUCAGUCAGUCUUAACCAGAUUUGCUAAUUGCAUAUCCGUUCAUAUUUAUAUUUUUUUAGAAAUCAACUCAGCAGACUGUAGGCUGCCUAGUGCUAGUUUGGCUCUUCGUAGUGAUCUCUCCACGUGCCACUCCUACCCUUCUAUGGGACGGAUACCCAUAUUCUUCUCAGAAUAUGUACUGUGCUUUCCUAUAACCGCAUUCUAUGAGACUUUAUUGGGAUGGUGAACGCCAUUUAUGUGUUGAUGGUUCAUAGCAGUAGCUAUAUCCAACCUGCAUUUUCAUCGUCUAUUUUCUUUACACUCCAUGGAAAUCUGUUCAAGGUUUUCUCCUGAAUCAGUCAGGAGAUUAGUGGCCUGGAAAUUCUAUUCACUUUUGAAGAGCUGGAUUCACUGGCAUAUAUUGCUUUUAUGUUAAAGGGAUGUCGCUCUGUUUUCUAUGCCAUAUUUCAAUAUUUACACAUUGUGAAAAGGAAAAAUAUGCUCAUAACUCGUGUCAUACAUGGUCCUUUGAUGAAAAUUGCUGUGCAAGGUUGGAGGUGGAUGCACAUGAUUUCUCGUGCAUGAGCUAGGACCUUCAGAGAAUUCGAAAUUCGAACAUAGCGCCAGCAGAGAUUUCUCUAGGAGUCCUCGCUUAAGCACCUCUGUGGAUGUUUAUUGGAGAUAAUGAAUGAAAUCUAGAUCUUAUUAGGAGUAUUAUCACUGUUUCAUGUUUUGAUUGGAAUUUACAGAUGUGUAUGCAGUAUCUUUGCUUAGAUGAGAUUCAUUUGGGGAUGUGCAAAUCUGAAUUGUCUGCACGGUCAGUAUUGGGCUCCUGUUUUGUCAGUUAUUGACCUUUUUGCUGUUGGAGAGUCAGAUUGACUUAGGCUAGAUUUCUUGUACUUAUUAUUUUCAUAAAAUGAUUCAUGAGAUUGUCAAUCACGAAUUGUGAAAGUGGACAAAAAGCUGCAAACGACGUAUUUGAGAAUGACGGAUGAACCCAGUUCGGGAACCGUUUGAAAUAAGAGGGAAGAAAGGAAUUGGUAGUAUAAGACUGCGGAAUACAAUUCUGGUCGUGCUUUAUGAUUUUUCUUAGUUUCUUAACUAUACUAUAGAGUUUAAGAUGAUAUGAUUGUAAUAUAUUUAUUUCAAAAUGAUCUAUUAAAAAGAAACUCCUAGAAUUAUGCAAUAAUCCCUAUAUUUAUCGAUUAUUAAUUACAAACACAUGUACACCACAACUUUGCCAGAAAACCUCUCAAACGAGCUAAUCCUGCUGUGGUUUGGUUUCCCUCUGGUCCUAUAAAUUUUCAAAACCAAGGGAUCCCUUAAAACUUUCAAUAUCUUGAUGUGAAUGUUUCACAUAAAGGUAGAUAUGAUAUAUGUUUCCUUCAAGCUUUGUAAGAUGCCCACACAUCAUCUAUCUCUACACUAGUUUUUCUGUAGUUAUUUCAUUGUUGGUAUCAUGGCAGCAAGGCAGCAGGGUUUCUGUUUUCAAAGCAUUUCCUUACAUUGGGACAUCUUUUAUCUCUUCCAUUUUUCAAAGAUAUUUGAUUUUUCAUUGAAGCGUGAGAUGUGUAAGUCAUAGGAUGUCUCUGUGGUAAACGUAUAGUACAUAUAUUUCUGCAUUUCCAAUUUUUGAUUCAUGUUGCAAAAUUAACCAGACGAUCUAAUGCGAGGACUUCAAUGGAACAUUAUUUAUAAAUAGAUGUAAACAACGAUGACUGUCUGUUCUGGAAAUAGGGUUCUCUAAAUUCUUUUUGGCCGUGUAAAAUGUUCAAAAAAUUAUGUUAUUCAUACUAUGAUAUCCCAAAGUCAUCAUCAAUGAAGGAAGAAUUUACAAAGUUGUAUCACUGAUAUUGCAAAGUUUACCUACUCAAUGAAAUCCGAACAUUUUCCUCUUAAAGAUUACUCAUUUCUUUGAAGGGGGAACGGUCUAAAAACGGCCUAAAAAUCCGAAUAAUUUUCAACUUCUCGUAGAUAUUUGGAGAAGUCAUUACAAGUUGGAAGCCACUAGAUUAGUUCCCAUCUCCCCAAUCUUCUCUGCAAAAUUAUUAUCUGUGAAGCGCACAUUUUCCUUCUGUUCAAUGAGAAAAUUAUUUUUUUUUGGGGGCCAGCAGACCAUUCCAAAACUAUGAUUUUUCAUUAUUUUAUUGAAUGAUUAGAUCUCGAUUGUCGUCUACAAGAUGGGGUUGACCAAUGAAACCUGCUGCUUCUUUGCAGUCAUUCCACUACUGCAAGUACCGGAGGGAUGAGAACCAGCUCUAUGUCUUUGCUGAUGACUCCGUCCCACGGUGGCUCACAGCAGCCCACCACAUUGACUUUGACACGGUGGCUGGUGCCGACAAAUUUGGAAACAUCUUCUUUGCCCGGCUACCGCAGGACGUGUCCGAUGAGAUCGAGGAGGACCCGACAGGUGGCAAGAUUAAGUGGGAGCAAGGGAAGCUAAAUGGGGCCCCCAAUAAGGUGGAGGAGAUUGUGCAGUUCCACAUCGGGGAUGUGGUCACAUGCCUUCAGAAGGCUUCACUGAUACCUGGCGGCGGUGAGUGCUUGAUCUAUGGGACGGUGAUGGGGAGCCUGGGGGCCAUGCUUCCAUUCACCUCAAGGGAGGACGUUGACUUUUUCUCUCACCUGGAGAUGCACAUACGGCAGGAGCACCCCCCACUGUGUGGCAGGGACCACAUGGCGUAUAGGUCUGCCUACUUCCCUGUUAAGGUGAGUGCUUCUCCGGUGUUAGUUUGCCAUUUAUUCCCUGGAUGGAUAACUUGAUAUACCGAUAUUGGCGCUUAUGUUUGACUCUCAUCCUUGAAUCAUUAUGCUUGAAUAUGAAUAAGUCAACGGGGUUGGGUAGUUUCAAUAUGAAUAAUUUCUUUUUUUGUAGAACGCACAAUGUGGGAUAGGAUAAUUGCUCUAAAAACAGCUAUUUUCAUGAUUAGUUAUGAACAAAGUUUUCAAAAAGCUGUGAAGGUUGGUGAUUAAUGGAAACAGAGCUAUUUCUUAACUUUAUUAUCUGAAUAAAGUUUUUUGUAAAAUGUUGAGGGGGAGGCAAUUGCUAGGAAUUCGUAUUGGAAAACUCAAAAAUUCUUCCAGCAGCUGUUUCUUUUAGGGUUCUACACUCUCAUCCUUCAUUCAUGCCUGCUUGAAUGGCGUGCUAGCUUAAUUAUAUUUUUUUCUAUUAAAGGUAAAAAAUAGGCUAAUUUCUGGCCCACAAGAACUAUUUUCAAGCCUUUAUUUGAAUAAAAUUGCUAUAAAAUAUGUAAGGGUAGGUAACUGUUGGACAAACAAUUUUUCCAAUCUCUUUGAGCAGACAUUUUUCCUGCAUCUGGUUAGUCAUUUUUCCAAAGUUCUCCAGAAAUAUUUUCAAUCUCUGUGGGCAGACAUUUUUCCAAAGUUCUCCAAAAAUAUUUCCAAUCUCUGUGAGCAGUCAUUUUUUUUGCUGCAUCUGCAUCUCUAAUGAAUGAUUUUUCCAAAGUUCUCCGAAAAUUUUCUAAUCUCUGUGAGCAGUCAUUUUUUUUUUCUGCAUCUCUGAGGAAUUAUUCUUGAAAUGCUCUGGUCAGUGAAUUUUCCUGCGUUAUUCCUUAUUAUGAGGGUGAUCUGAAGGUGGGGAAUGGUUGCUGUGCAGGAUGUGAUCGACGGGGAUCUCUGUGAGCAGUUCCCCUCCCUGACCCCGGACUUGCAGAGGAAGAUCGCCGAUGAACUGGACAGAACUCCCGGUGAGAUCCUCAAGAAGCUCGAGGACAUCCGAAAUAAGAUCAUCUAG